AUGCUGGACAUGAAGUUUGAUACCAGUUUUUCUUAUUCUGGGGUAAACCUGUUGGCUGCUAUCAUUUGUGAGAUGGUGGGCCGAGAAUGUGUCUGUGAAAAAUACAAACUGACCACAAACUGCUCUUUAAUGGAGAAUGGUGAAUGCCGGUGUACUUCAAUUGGUACACAAAGUUCCGUCAUUUGCUCAAAAUUGGCUACCAAAUGUUUGGUGAUGAAGGCAGAAAUGUCUCACUCAAAGUCCGGGAGAAGACCGAAACCUGAAGAUGCUAUUCAGAAUAAUGACGGACUCUAUGAUCCCGACUGUGAUGACAACGGGCACUUUAAAGCCAAGCAGUGCAAUGGCACCACCACGUGCUGGUGUGUGAACACUGCUGGGGUCAGAAGGACAGAUAAGGACACUGAAAAAACCUGCUCCGAACGAGUGAGGACCUACUGGAUCAUCAUUGAACUAAAACACAAAACAAGAGAAAAACCUUAUAAUAGUCAAAGUUUGCAGAAUGCACUCAAGGAUAUAAUCACAACUCGUUAUCAACUGGAUUCAAAAUACAUCGGAAAUAUUCUGUAUGAGAAUGAUAUUAUCACUAUUGAUCUGGUGCAAAAUUCUUCUCAGAAAACUAACAAUGAUGUGGACAUAGCUGAUGUGGCUUAUUAUUUUGAAAAAGAUGUUAAAGAUGAAUCCUUGUUCCAUUCCAAUAGACUGGACCUGAGAGUAGAUGGGGAACAACUGGAUCUGGAUCCUGGUCGAACUGCAAUUUACUAUGUUGAUGAAAAACCACCUGAAUUUUCAAUGCAGGGUCUAAAAGCUGGUAUUAUUGCUGUCAUCGUGGUUGUGGCAAUAGCACUUAUUGCUGGAAUUGUUGUUCUGGUUAUUUCCAGAAAGAAAAGAACGGCAAAGUAUGAGAAGGCUGAGAUAAAGGAGAUGGGUGAGAUGCACAGGGAACUCCAUGGAUAACUGCUGUAAUUUGAAUAGUAACUAGAAGAAGGGAAAUUUGCAGACCGACUCAGAUUACAAAUGUAUGAGCAUAAGACAGAAAUCUUUGAAGACUAUUUUGUUAACAUAUAUUUGUAAUAGUGAAACCUGUACUCAAAAUAUAAGCAGCUUGAAAUUGACUUUACCAAUCUUAAAAUUUGACAAGUGUCAUAUAUAUGCAGAUCUGAUAUCCCAGAUUCUGAUAGUCUCAGAACUGCAUAGUUAAAAUUAUUUAUACAUAACAUUGAAGAGUGUGCUUUAAAUGUGCUUUCACAGUAGAGUUCAAAUGACUACUGUCUCAUCCAUUUGUGAUUGAAAGCUGCCUUCCUAUUUACUUUUGAGUCAUGUACAUAAAAACCUUUUUUUAUGAACUAUGAAAUAAAACAUUUUAAAACUGAA